AUGGAGCUGGUCUCUCUUCCUACCCUUCGUAUGUAUUGGUCCUCCAAGGACCGCCUCUCCCAGCAGUCCAUCCGGGAGGUCGAUCGGUUAUAUCUUGCACGCGCCAUGAUGGCCCUCCCAGCAAAUCUUCAACGCUGGACACCCAAGCAUAUCUCCGGUAUGACAGGUGUGGGAAAAUUCUUGGCCAUUUGGGACCAUUCGGCGAAGAGCUCUUGCCCCAGGCGCUCCUCCUGCCCCGUGGAAGAUCACCUCCAUGUCCCUUGCUGUUCUGCUCCUACUGCAGCUGCAGAAUGGUCAAAACGCCAUCUGGCCUUCUGGACCUGGAUGCAGACUCAGCAGACUGCCCCAGAGAUCGAAACCUUCCUCUUUGAAUACCUAAAGACAGUCCGUCAGCCUUCCUUGGGCGUCCCCACCGUCCGAGCCUGGUCCCACCAUCCCCACCUCUUCCAAAGUGCCAUCUCCUCCCAAGCCAAGCUUGGGGCCCAGGGCCUCCUUGAAGGCCUAGUGUCCCCCAACUGGAGACACCUGCAGGUCCUUCACUUCUCCUACAUUGGCUCCAAGAAGUCCGCCAACCUUUGGGCCUCCCGCCUGAUCCAACAACUGAUCCGGAUCGGGCACUACAUGUGGAAAGACCGCAACCGGCUUGCCCACUCUGAAGACAGCUCCUGGUACACGGCUCGCAAGCGGGAGAUUGACAUCGGCAUCCGCGAACAGUUCGCCAUGGGCCUGAUGGAUAUCCCCCCACGCUUGCAGUACCUCUUUCGGGACUCCCACGAAACUGUCCUCAACAAAUCACUCGAAGAUCGUCAACAUUGGCUGCGCCUUGUCUCCCGUGAGAGAGCGAUCAACCGUCGCUCUCUAGCCAGGCAAUGCCAGAUGAUCUUUGACCUGGCGCGACCCGCCAACCCAACAUUGACUCGGCCACCCGGCGCAAGUCCAUAA